AUGUCAAGCGCAUACCAACGUCCUGCAUACCCGUUCCUUUACACUUUGACAUCGUUUCUUGACCUCAUCGCAUCCAUUUUUUUUUUGAUUGCGCGUUUGUUAAGGGUCAUUUUAAGACCACCCCUUCUCUCCCUUUCUCUCUAUCUCUUAAUUUCUCUCUCUCUCUCUCUCUUUAUCUCUCUCCCGCUCUCUCCUUCUCACUCUCUUUCUCUCUCUCCCUCUCUUACUCCUUCACUUUUACUCUCUCUCUCUCUCUCCUUCUCUCUCUCUUUCUCUUUCUACUUCUCUCUCCCUCUCCUUCUCUUUGUAUUUCUCUCUCUUUCUCUUUGUCUCACUUUCUCUCUCUCCCUUCUCUCUCCUUCUCUCUCUUUCUCUUCUUUUCUCUUUCUCUUUCUCUUUUUCCCUCUACUUCUCUUUCUAUUUCUCCCUCUCCCGCUCUCUCUUUCUCUUUCCUUCAAUUUCUAUUUCUCUUUUCUCUCUCUCCUUCGCUCUUUCUCUCUCUCCCUAUCUCUCUCCUUCUCUUUCCCUAUCUCUAUCCUUUUCUCUAUCCUUCUAUCUCUCUCCUACUCUUUCGCUCUCUCUCUCUUUCUCUCUCUCCCUAUCUCUCUCCUUCUCUUUCCCUAUCUCUCUCCUUUUCUCUAUCCUUUUCUCGCUCUGUCCUUCUCUUUCGCUCCCCCCCUCUCUCUCUCUCUCUCUCUCUGUCUCCCUCCCUUGCUUAUUAUUUUAUACGUCUUUUCACUUUGUACUUUCUUCUCAUUUGCUUUUAGCUUUAAUUUUAAUCUUUCUUCCAUUUUUUUUCUUUUUUUCUCUCGUCCCGUUCUUUCAUUUUUAGAGACUUUUUUUUCUUUAUUGUUCUCUUUCAUUUUUUUGCAAAUAUUUCUAUGUUUUCUUCCCUUUUCUUUGCUCUACCUUUUCUCCUCUUUUUAUUCUUUGUUUCUUUCUUUAUUGCAUUUUCUUAACUCUUUUCUCUUUCCUUUUUAUUUAUUUUGCAAUGCCGGCUUUAUCCGUCACUUUUGUCGUUAUAAUAUUUCCUUGUUUCAUUACUUCUUUCAUUAUCUUAUUUAUCCUUUCGUUUUUCUUUUUUUUUAUUUCUUUCAAGAAAUGAAAGAAAGAAAAAUGCAAAUGAAUCUCGUUCUCUUUUUCUUCAUUCUACUCUUCUUUCUUUCCUCCCUUUUCUUCCUUUAG